AUAGUAAAUACAUACGAAAUGCAAUCUAGUCGAUUGGUACAAUUACUAUUUGUUUUUAAUAUAAUUGGAAUAAUUUUGGUAAAUGGUAAGCUUGACGUGAAAUUAGUGAAAGAUUACUUUAAGGAAAAAACUAUUAACUAUGGCACUAUUAUAGGAUGUUUUAGUGAUAAAGAAUUUUUGUUACUAUCGAAAAGUCUUGCUUUUGAAAAUUACAUGCUAGCAUUUAUCAAUAUUAAAAAAAUUAAAAGACACGACAAGUUAUGGUUUUUGCAAACGAAUAAAAGUCACGUUGGAGUCAUUCUCGAUGGGGAUUGCGAACAAAACGUUCUAGAACCGUUUUUAUUACAGUGUGGAUGGGAUAGGUAUUUUAACGUUAAAAUACAUUGGUUGAUAACAACAACGAAUAAAAAUUUUUCUGACACGUUUAAAAACAUCGAGUUAUAUAUAGACGCCGACAUCAACUUGUUGUAUCCUACCAAAUACAAUAAUUUUUUCGUAGUAGAUGUUUAUAAUCCUGCAUCUACGAAAGGAGGGGGCUUGAAAACACUAAAUUUGGGAAAAUAUAACAAUACCUCAGGUUUCCGUAUGAAAAAAGAAAAUUAUAAAUACUGGUCGAGGAAAAACAUGACAGGAGUUGUAUUAAGAACCAUUGUAGUGUUACCAGUAGACUUUAAUGGAAGUUUGAUUGAUUAUUUACAUGACAAAAAAAAUCCGGAAGUAAAUACUUUCAAUAGAUUUCAUUAUGAGGUGAUCAGUUCAUGCGUCAAUUAUUACAAUUUCACAUCAUUGGUGUCAAGGUCAAAAUCAUGGGGUUAUUUAAAAAAUGACGGUACUUUCGAUGGUAUGGCCGGUGAAUUAGAGCGAAAAACGAUAGAUUACGGAAGCUCACCUCUAUUUUAUCGAGAGAGGAGAGCUAAAAUUUUAGAUUACGGUCGACAAACGUGGACUUUGAGGGCUGCUUUUAUAUUCAGAGACCAGAAAACUGUGAAAUCGGUGGAUGUAUUUUUGAAACCUUUCUCUAUGUCCGUAUGGCUCUGUCUAUUUUUCCUUGUUCUAAUCGCUAUUCUAUUUUUAAAAUGUAUUAAUAUGUUAGAAAAACAUAAUAAACAACAGGCAGAAAAUAAUUGGAGCUAUUUGUUAUUGAAUACCUUAGCAGUAUUUUGUCAACAAGGUAUUCAUGGUAUACCACUUUUUAUUUCUGGACGAAUCACAUUUUUUUUCAUGUUUAUAUGUUCUCUACUGAUUUUUCAGUUCUACUCUGCUAGUAUUGUUUCUAGUUUAUUAACAAAACCUAACACAGAAAUAAAAUCUAUUGAAGAUAUUCUUCAUUCUGAAUUAAAAGUGGGCUGCGAAGAUACCCUAUACACUAAAGAUUAUUUACGAUAUACCACAAAUAAACCAACAAGAGAUUUGUAUUUGACAAAAAUAAUGGGGAAAGGAAAUUCUUCAAAUUUUUUGAGCGCACAAAAUGGUCUCGAUUUAGUAGAAGAUGGUGGAUACGCUUUUCACGUCGAACUUGCCACUGCUUAUCCUAUUAUUACUAAAACUUUUCCUGAUCAAAUAAUAAAUGAAUUGCGAGAAGUACAAAUGUACAUGUCGCAACCAAUGUAUUUUUGUUUACAGAAAGAUUCUCCUUUAAAAGAUAUGUUCAAUACUUGCCUACAAAGAUUAGCGGAAUAUGGAAUUUUGAACAGAGAAUUACGUUUUUGGCACCCGAAAAAACCAGAAGGUACUCAUUCGACGUUUACGCUAACUAGUCUCAGCUUAGAAUACUUUUAUCCAAUAUUAGCGAUGUUGUUUAUAGGAAUUAUUUUAAGCUUGAUUAUAUUAAUAAUUGAAAUUGGUUUGUAUUUUAGACGUAGAAUGAUAGACACAGUGGUACCAACUUUUCAGUUUGUUCAUUAAAUUGUUUUAUGUCAAUAAAUAAUUCACAAAUUACAAAAA